AUGACAUCAACUUCUAGAUGGAACACACACAAAAGUUCAUCAACUACAUUCGAUGCACGUAAUGAUAGCAAUAGUAACAACAGUAAUUUAUACAUUACUGUUUCUUUGCAUCAUACAAAUAGUCAGCAUGAUGGUCGUGUAUCACCAUUUAUUGCUAAAGUUGCUCAAUUAGGUAGCCUGUCUCAUGGAUCGCAUGGCCAUAACGAUAAUCGUUUUCCUAAUCCGAAACAAACGCAACCCACAAUUCAAUUGGUAAGUAUUCAAAAACAGCAAAACGUAUCUAUUUAUUCAUUUGUAUUAGAUAUUUUAAAUGAAAUGUAG